CAAAAAGGGGAGUAUGAAAGACAACUCAAGAUCAUGAAGGAGUUCGUCGAAGAAGAGCCAUUGUUUCAGUUUGAUCCAUCGGGCUAUGUUCAAGACAAGGCGGUCGAGUGCGAGGAACCGUUGUUUGCCCACGAGUUCACGGACGGGGAUGUAGACGAGGCGAUGGGUGAUGACAAAGGGGAAGUCUUGGUCGAGGCCGAGGGAGUCGAAGGGGCCGAGGUCAUUGGUGCGAUCUUGGUCGUGGGUGAUGGGUGCAAAACGUGCGCGCCGGAACAGCGCGAGCAACACAUCGAGAUCGUGGCCGGAGGAUCCAAAGUGCUCGCAAUUGGAGAAGAUAUGUUG